AUGACAACUCAACGGCUGUCGCCGCAGCGCACUGACGGUGCAAGACUGGUUAAUCGUCGAGAGUCAAAGAAUUACCUGCCACUGAAACACGAAGGAUCUCAGCUCAACCGUUCUUCGUCAGAUCGUGUAGGCUUCCCCGAAUGGAUCAAAAGACCACCAUAUUCGGUUAGAAACUUUGACGAGAAUGGCCCAGGAUAG